AUGCUGGCAACUGGGCGCGGCAGCAUCGCACAGGUGCACUACACUGGCGAGGAGGCUGCAAUUGAAGUCAAGAAGCUCCUCGACGCGGUUGUUGAAAACGAAGAUGAUUUCGAAAAGUGGGAGGCGCUCGUUGCUCGCGCGUCUGAACUCGAGGGCGGCGUCACUCGAAACUCUAGCCCCUCAGCAAUCGAACUUGUGCGCAAUGUUUACGAUUGCUUCCUCACCAAAUUCCCGCUCUUCUUUGGAUAUUGGAAGAAAUACGCCGACCUUGAGUUUGCGAUAGGCGGCACCGAAACGGCUGAAAUGGUGUACGAGCGCGGCGUGUCCUGCAUCACUCCUUCAGUUGAUCUAUGGGCCAACUACUGUUCUUUCAAGAUGGACACAUCCCAUGACAACGACAUCAUCAGAGAACUCUUCGAGCGCGGUGCUCAUUUUGUAGGUCUCGAUUUCCAGAGCCAUCCAUUCUGGGACAAGUACAUCGAAUUCGAGGAGCGUAUACAGGAGCCUGCCAACGUCACCAAGAUCUACACCCGCGUCAUUCUCCUACCCAUAUAUCAAUUUUCUCGUUAUUACGAGAAGUUCUCCGUGCUGCUUGGCUCGCGACCGAUCGAAGAACUUGCAGAGUCUGAGAUACUCGAGACGCUGAAGAACGCAGCUCAGCUUGAGAACCAGGGACAACCCGAGAAAGCGCCGCUUGAGAUCGAGCGACAGCUGCGUCAGAAGAUUCACCAAUACUAUUACGACUCAUAUACCCGUACACAGCAGGAAGUACAGAGCCGUUGGAAUUUUGAGCAGGCUAUUAAGAGGGCCUAUUUCCAUGUCACAGAACUUGAAGACGCAGAACUCGACAACUGGCGCAAGUACCUCGACUUUGAAGAGAAACAGGGCGACUUCCAACGUGUUUCUUUCUUGUAUGAGCGUUGUUUGGUCGCUUGUGCGCUUUACGACGAGUUCUGGCUGCGUUACGCACGCUGGAUGUUUUCACAGGGUAGAGAGGAGGACACCCGAAUCAUCUACAUGCGGGCCAGCUGCAUAUUCGUGCCAAUCUCAGCGCCCACAAUCCGCCUCAAUUGGGCUCGGUUCGAGGAGAAGCUUGAGCGCAUUUCAGUCGCUCGUGAUAUUCACACCGCCAUCCUGGAACAGGCACCUGAACACAUCGAGACUAUCAUCUCUCUAGCUGGAGUAGAGCGACGACACGAAGGCAAUGACGCUGCUGUGCGCCUGUUAGAUGAAUACAUUGGGCAACACAACAACCACAUCGGUGGCGUUUUGGCUUCUGAGCAAGCGAGAAUCCUGUGGCAAUGCAAAGGCGCUGUCGACGAGGCUCGCCAAGUCUUCAAAGACAAGUAUGAGAAGUUCCUCGACUCUCGAGACUUCUGGUUCAAAUACCUGCAGUUUGAAGUUGGACAACCUUCUUCUGAUCAGGAAGAAUCUCACAAACGCAUAAAGGCUGUUCAUGAACUGAUGCGCACCAAAGGCCGCUUCUCUCCAGAGACAUCAAAGGAGCUGUCACACUGUUACAUGGAGUAUUUGCUCAACCGCGGGGGCAAAGACGCAGCUGAAGAAUACAUGCUGCUGGAUAAGGAAGUCAAUGGGUAUGUAUUAUCUGCUAAGAGCGUCCCUUCUCUCCCCCUCCCCUCGAAACGAAAAGGAAAAGGACAGCCUCACGCCGCAGCAAACAAGCGUCAGCGCUUAUAG